AACUUCGCGCGUCCUCCCAAUAAUAAUCAUACCUUGCAGUCUGAGCACUCUUUACAUCCAUCCUUUCAACGAUUCCCGAAUCUCUGAUUUCCUCCACAGACCUGUCCCCUCUAAUCGUGAAGUGUGACUGCAACGCUGCCACCCCAGAAGGGCGCACGAAAUGACUUCGAGUAGAUUCCAGCCAGCUCAACUCUACGACCUUUCUGAUCGGGUCGCUCUCGUGACCGGAGGAGCGACGGGUAUCGGAUUGGCGCAAGCUCAGGGCUUGGCAGGAGCAGGAGCGCGCGUGUACAUUGCCAGCAGGAGAAAGGAAGUGGUGGAGAAUGCAGUGAAACAGUACGGCUUUGCAGGCGGUUUCGAAGUGGAUGUGACGAGCAAGGAGAGCAUCCAAAAGCUAGCGGAUGAUUUGAAAGCAAAAGAAGGUCGUGCUGAUAUCGUCAUCGCCAACGCUGGAGGAGCGGGACCCACGCACUUCGGUGCGGAUACCAGCUUUCCCGACGGAAGCAUGGACCCAGCCAAAAAGCUGGAAAAGGUGUCGGCUGAAGAGUACUCCAAGAGGAUGUUGCAGGCCAACUCGUUUGAGAAUUGGAACGAUCUGUUCAGCCUCAAUUCGCACUCCAUCUUGUUCACCGCCAUCACCUUGUUGCCUCUCUUGGCCGCCGCCUCGGAAAAGGCCAAGCAGGAGGGCAAAAGUCACACGAGCGUGUUCAUGUCGACUGGAUCCAUCAGCGGAGUUGUGAAGCAAAGCCAGAUGCACUACGCCUACAACGCAUCCAAAGCCAGCGCAAAUCAUCUCACCGAGACCCUAGCGUACGAGUUCACGACGGCGACGACGGCACGCGUACGGGUGAAUGGAAUCCUGCCUGGAGUCUUUCCGAGUCAAAUGACGGCGGACAACAAAGACGAAAAGACGAACAAGAGCGAUUUGAGCGACAAGCUUCCCACGAUGAACGUUCCCGUUGGUAGACCGGGAACAGAAGAGGAAAUGGCAUCUGCAGUGAUCUUCCUUGCAUCCAACGAGUACAUGUCCGGCAGUCUCUUGACCGUUGAUGGAGGCUUCACUGCGUACGCACCCUGAUCGCAUGUAAUAGCUGGUGAGACAAGCCUACAUCUCAAGCCUCAUAUUGGUGCGCACGAAGAUGGUGUAGAUAAAUGAAAUACAAAAGUGACCCGUUAUGGCGUCCGUGU